CAGGAAGUUUUCAAGAGUUUGGACCUGCAAGCUAGCCACGUAGCCUGCGGGGUACAUUCGGAAAUUACUAUGAAUUUUCAAAUGUUUUAAUCUAGUGGACAACCUGUCACGAACAGAAGUAACGUAUAGCUUUCUCAGCUGCUACUGGGAGUAAAUAUAUCUAUCGGCUUAUGUUUGUGCUGUGUGGCUUAAACGCUGUGUCAGAAGUUUGAAGGUUAGCCGAGUAGCUAGCUCCUGAGCUAGCGUUAGCUUAGUCACGAAAGCCAUCAGUUUGUACGGAGCCUGCCUGCCCUGUCAGGCUGAUUCUGUACGGUUAGCCACAGGGCUGGGCUUUGAUUUACAGUCCAACCUGUCAGCUUUUCGUCUUUUACCUAUCCAGUCCGGGCAGCUCACCAAGUGGCACCGUAACAUGAAGUUAUGGAGGAGCGGAAGCUAAAACGAAAGAAUCCCAGGACUUCCACCAGCGCGGCGCCUCCGUCCGGUGGCUCUGGCCGGAAGAAUAGCGCUUCCACUGGAGGACGGCACCUUGGCUACACGGGGACUCACUCCAGCCAAAAGAACAAGAGCAGGAGGGGAGUGAAAGAUAAACCCAGGUAUCAGCAGGGUUUGGGUGGUAAAGCUAGUCAGAACCAGGGCCAGGCAACACCGAUCGUCCAGCACUCUUUUCUCACAGAUGUUUCAGAUGUACAGGAGAUGGAGAAUGGCCUGCUCAGUCUCCUCAACGACUUCCACUCAGGGAAACUACAGGCAUUUGGCAAUGAGUGCUCUAUUGACCAAAUGGAACAUGUGAGAGAGAUGCAGGAGAAGCUGGCACGCUUGCACUUUGACCUCUACGGUGAGGUGGAUGAAAUGCCCGAGGAUCAGAGGAAAACAGCCUGCGACACCAACAUGGACAAGUUGCUCCUUAAUCUGGAGGAGCUGAGUUCUUCCAUUCAGAAACUGAAUCUAGCCGACACACAAGAGAUCCCGAGGACUGCGAGCGUGUGACUUCCGUCGUCCCAACAUUUCUCAAUCAAAUUUGAGCCGACUAUUUCAUUUAUAGUACCUAUGGGGGUCUGUAAGUAUGGGGGGUUGAAACUGCCAUAAUCAAUAAAUGCAAAAUAGCUAUAUAUAUGCAAUUAAAUGAACCAAAAUAUAGUUAAAAAUAAUAAUAAUAACAAUAAUAAUAAAUUGACCAUAUAUGGCACAUUUGCUUUAAGUUGCUUUUGUACUUAUUUACCUUUAUAUUAAUUUUAACUUGCUGACUUACACAUUUGAAAGUUUUUACUCACUCAUUUCCUCAAACAUUUCUUUAUGCAUUUUUCUGUCACAUAUUGUGGCUGCCUUUAGCUAAAAGUCUGCACAAUGAAGCAGAAAUGCAUAAACAAAUGGGGAAAAAAACCAAAAAAAAGUAAGUCUGCGGCUAAAAAAAUUGAAUAUGCAUAUAUAUACAUAAAUUAUUAAGCAUCCAGACUUCUUUACUAAGUAAAUGCAGAAGCAAUUUAAAACAAAUAUCUAAUUUAACAUUUAAUAAAUAAAUAAAAUUUCAACAAUGAAAGUAGUUUCUAUAUUUUUUCAAUCUUUUUUGUACAUUUAAUGGCAUAUAAUUCUUUUUUAAACAAAUCAUUAAUUUAUUUUUGAUUUAGGUAGUUUCUAUCCUUCAUAUAUAAGGUGUCAGCAGUGUUGAUUGUAUGUAUUGCAAUGGAAAUGGCAACAAAGCUAUUCACCAGCGUUCCCUGUUUGUACAGGGGGAGGGAUGUAUUGUAAGAUAAUUUAAUAGGGAUGCACCACAUUACACCCCCCCCCCUUCUUUUUUUUUAAACAAUAGCUAAUAUUGAAUGGAAACCUCUCUGGUCUGAUCUUACUAAGACAGCAGGAUGUUAACUUACCUGAGCCGUGGCUGCAUCCAAGGGAGGUUUGUGUUCUCUGAGAUCUUUAGCUAAUGUGCAGUAUACUGUAUUUUCUAUAUCGGCUUUGGUGCAUCCCUGUAUUGUUUAAAGCCAAGCCGUAGUGCGUUCACUCAUUUCCAAGCAGUUUAGAUUUGCAAUACAUUGCUAACCAAAGUGAUACCAUUCACCUGAAAGUGAAAUGAUUGUAAACUUGCUCCUUUGACAUUAAUCAGACGUUGUAUGUAGAUCACUUGUGUUGCACUGAUCUCCUCACAGUAAGAAACAGAGCUGGACUUUUCAAAGUCUAGGCAUUAGUUUCUAAUUGUUUCUCAGUAUUAGAGCUUUAAACAACAGCAUAGAUUUAGAAAUUCUUUAAACCAGCCAAAAAUAACAUAAGGACCCGGUGAGUACUGAGAAUAGAGCAGUAUGUUAAUUCCAGUUUGCGAUUUUUGCUUAUGAUUUUUGCUGAGUGGACUUGGUCCAUUUCAGCAUAUUUGCACAUACCCAUGCGACACACAGCAUGCACUGCACACGUUAUCACUGGUGUGUUGUUUUGACGCUGGAGAAGACUAAACAGUCCAAAUGUUGUCAUCACAAACAAGCCUUAAUUUAAUCAUUUAAUCAUUUUUUGCCUUAUUGGUUCUAAACUUUAAGUGACUUUAGGUUUGGAUUCAGAGUUUUGAUAAGAUCAUUUGAUGCUGCUUUGAUUGUAAAUCCUUUUUUCUUUUUUUUUUCUUGGACACUGUAUUUUAACCUAUGUUUUUGGGGUGUUUAACCUGUUUGGUUUUUUUCUCAAUAAAGUUCUCUGUCUGAAUUUCUUGGUUGCAGCUGUAAACUAAGAUAAUAGAGAAGUGAGUAAAUAGGGUCAUAACAGUACCUGGAUUGGGGGAGGCGGAAUUGAUAGUUUUCCAUUGUGCUCUUUUUCUAUCCGGGUCUGCUUUUACUGUAUUGGGAGUAUGUUUGGGAUCAUUGGGAUCAUCUCCAUGGAGGUACUUUUCUGCAUUCAGCUCAAACCAUGACCGAGCCUCCACCGUGCUUUACAGUUGGCUGUAGACACUCACUGUUGUACCUCUCUCUUGACCUUUAAUGGAUGUAGAUUGGGGGUGGAGGGUAACUGAGCAACUCUACCUCUGUUUAUAUGAUGAACAGAAAUAUUAAUAUUUCCAUCAAGUGAGAAAGCAACUCAACAAUGUUUGGUAAAACCAUAAUUAAAUUUUUGUCCUUUCGACGGGCAAAGGCUCUUCAGUGUUUGGAGACCAUGUUAAUAAUGUAUGCUUCAUUAUUAAGCUUUAUCGUCACUGCAGUAUUAGAAAGCGAAAUGUAUUUUCUUUGUAGUUUCAUUUGCCAUCCUAGAGCCUAGUUUUCAUCACGUGGCAGUUGUGGUCCAUUGACUGAAGAAGCUGUCCAUAUUAAAAACAAUAAAUAAUGUGUUAAUGAAUACAAUUUGUCUUUAUUUGAAAGAUUAAAAAUAUUUUAACAGACCGUUUGUUAGGUGAUGUGCCACUUGUACAGGUUUCUAAGGGAAUACUCUUUGAUCCUCCA